GUAAGGCGAAGAUGGGAGAGAAAGAAUGGUUCUUUUUCUGCCAAAAGGAUAGGAAAUAUCCUACAGGAAUGAGAACAAACCGUGCAACGGAGUCUGGAUAUUGGAAAGCCACUGGAAAAGACAAGGAAAUAUAUAAGGGGAAGGGAGUUAUUGUUGGGAUGAAGAAGACUCUAGUUUUCUACAUGGGGAGAGCUCCGAGAGGGCAGAAGAGUAAUUGGGUGAUGCAUGAGUAUAGGCUUGAAGGCAAACACCAAGAGCAUGUUCACCUCUAUAAAUCUCGACAGGAGGAAUGGGUUGUUUACAAGGUCUACCACAAGAUCAAGGACACAAAGAUGAUCCCAACGCAUGAUUUAUCAACAAGUAUGAACUCAUUU